AAGAAGCUGUUGGAGAUUUCUCCUGGACUUGGACAGUGCUGCUGGACAUCAGCAUAAAGCACGGUGUUGCCCUGUGCUGUAGCCUGCAGUUCUUCGGCUGGCCCAGAUGCUGGUGAUAACUCAGCGGAGAGCAUCCUUGUGUGCACAGAAGCCUGAUUCCUCUGAUGGGCCAAGCUAACAUGGGAAGAGCUAUACCUGUUUGUGCAUGUCUGUACCUCAGUACCAAAGCCUCUGCCGGUGCUUUUUACUAUUUUGCUGGGCAGUGGUUCAGAAUGACUGCAUUCCAGGAUAUUAACAGACUUUUUAAUUGUCUCCGAAGGGAAGGAAAGCGCGUGGUCAGAGACCAACAGGUGACUUGAAACAGUGAAAUUAUUUUGACCAAGUAACAAGAAAAUCUGCUGCUGUUUUCCACCACUGUUUCCAUGGACGCUGGGGUUGCAUGAAUCAGAGGCAGAGGUCUGCUGCUUUUUGUGAACGGGAUGGUUUCUGAUAGGACCAUGGUUGUGAAGUAAAUAACCGAUACAGAGUGUGCUUUCAAGGUGGCACCUUGCAAAACUGAAGAAUUACUUGUGUCAUACCCUGUCUUUUCACAGAGGCACUCUGGAAGCUGGUGCAUUUAUAGCACAGAUCUUGCCUGAAAGUUAAACGUUUGCUUAAGUGUUUGAAGACUUGGAGCUCAGGGUUGCAAACUCUUUUUGCCUGAGACUGCUUUUGCACACUCCUGUAUGUUUGUCUGUUGUUAGGAAACAGUAAAAUUAAUCAUCAGAAUGGGGGAAACUCAGCAAACCUGACUUGUAGGCAUUAUGGAAUAAGUGCUGGAUGCCUCAUGCAGUCCUGAAAUGUCCUUGUGACUGCUCUUCACCAUCACUUCUGUCUUCUCCCCAAUAUUUUUUUGGCUCCCCACUCACCCAAGAUUCUCUUCUCCUGUUCUUAGUGCAUUGUGUUAGGUCUAGCAGAGCAGCGCAGGAUACUUAGGGGCGUGUAGCCCAAAACCAGUCCAGCUGUGUUUGGCCCUAAUGCUGUUCACAGGGUGUCAUCUUGUUGAUGCUAGGUGGGGAGAGCGGUAUGUUCACGUGUUAUUAAACUGCGUUUAACUCCUUGCUUUGGAACAUUCCUGGACUUGGAGUCAUUUGUGCUUGAGUGAGUCCGAUCACUAAAUCUGCUUCUUAACAGCUCUCCCAUAGCCCACCGCCUCUUGGCUGCUGAACAGCAGAGCUUUGCCCAGCAGCCCUUACUGAGGGCAGACCCAGCUCGGCCAGAGUAGGAAUGCUUGGCAGAGGCUCUCUGCCAGGGAGAGGGGUGGCGUUCAGAGGGACAUCUGCCCUUUCUCAUACCUCGCGCUUGCCCCACCUAACGUGUUCCAGCACACCCACUGCAUAUGUGGGUGGGGAGACAUUUUAAAUUCCAUACGGCUCUUAUUAGGGUGUUGAGGCAUGCACGUAAGCAUCGUUCCUGGGCGGAGGGGUCAUGCUGCUCUCGGGAACGGCAGGUCAGAAGUGCCAUUUGCUGCACUGGAGAGCUGCACACUUCAGUUCUUAUUGGACGUGCUUGGCAAGAUGGAGCCGCCGACCUCCUCCAGACUGAAUUCCAGGAAGAGAAGAAAAGAUGGAUCUGGCCCCAAUGGGGCAACAGAGCUGGAUGGAAUCCCUCCAAAAAUGUCCCGACGCUCAUUUGGACUGAGGGAACCGGCUCCGUUUUCAGAUGAAGUGGAAAUCGACUACAGCAAGCCCUACAUCAGAGUAACAUAUGAAGAAGCAAUGAGAGGGACCCCAUUGGAUCGCCCUGUCAGAGUUUAUGCUGAUGGAAUAUUUGAUUUGUUUCACUCUGGGCAUGCCCGGGCCUUGAUGCAAGCGAAGAACCUCUUCCCAAACACAUACCUCAUUGUCGGAGUCUGCAGUGAUGAGCUAACCCAUAACUUCAAGGGCUUCACGGUAAUGAAUGAAAAUGAGCGGUAUGACGCCGUGCAGCACUGUCGCUAUGUGGACGAAGUGGUGAGAAAUGCACCGUGGACGCUCACCCCCGAGUUCCUGGCAGAGCACAGGAUCGACUUUGUUGCACACGAUGACAUCCCCUAUUCUUCUGCUGGCAGCGACGAUGUUUAUAAGCACAUAAAAGAAGCAGGCAUGUUUGCACCAACUCAGAGGACUGAAGGGAUCUCAACAUCAGAUAUCAUCACCCGGAUCGUGCGGGACUAUGAUGUUUAUGCCAGGCGGAACCUGCAGCGGGGCUACACAGCUAAAGAGCUCAACGUCAGCUUCAUAAACGAGAAGAAGUAUCACCUCCAGGAGCGCGUGGAUAAGGUGAAAAAGAGGGUGAAGGAUGUAGAGGAGAAGUCAAAGGAAUUUGUCCAGAAAGUGGAAGAGAAGAGUAUUGAUCUCAUUCAGAAGUGGGAAGAGAAGUCCCGGGAGUUCAUCGGCAAUUUCCUGGAGAUGUUUGGCCCAGAAGGUGCAUUGAAACACAUGCUGAAGGAGGGCAAGGGCCGGAUGCUGCAGGCCAUCAGCCCAAAGCAGAGUCCCAGCAGUAGCCCCACACACGACCGCUCCCCGUCUCCCUCCUUCCGCUGGCCCUUUUCAACCAAGACUCCUCCUUCCUCACCGGCCAACCGCUCCAGGAAUGAGUCUACAGUCACCUAUGACAUCAGUGAGGAUGAAGAGGAUUAAGCUACCAGCUGGGAUUUGCUGCGAACCGCUAAUCGCCGAAUCCUAAGUUCAGACCCACUGGGGAACUCUAAAUGAGCAAGAGAGCCAUAGGAAUAGGGCUGACGGUGAGCACAGGGCCUUGAAGGCACCCGUUGCUCUUAGCAAGGGCUGCUGCCUGGAAGCACAUUCAAACCUCCUCUCCCUUUUCCUCCCCAAAUCCCCUUUUUAUUGUUUACGUUCUAGUGGUUUCCAGGGGGAAGAUGGUUUUUAUAUUUUAAGAAAAUACCCUUUUGAAGCGCAAAGAAUAGCACUCAAGCGUGGCUUUUGUUUUGGUUUCUUUUCCCUUGUUAAACCUCCGGGCAAGAGGGAGAGUGGGAAGACCCAUCUGUCUCUUCUUUCCUUCAGCUCCUCUCUCUUACUCCCCCCACCCCCAGGCAGUAUCCAUGCUGCUGCCAAAUGAAAGACCCCUUGGUUCCUCAAGCAGCGUGACCGCGAGAGCACACAGGCAGCGGUGGUGUAAAGAGGCUUCUAGGAAAUAGAGACAUCUCUGCUGCGCUGGAGACGAUAGGAAUCUAUCCAGCAGGCCCUGUAGUGCUCGUGCACCUCUUAGCUGAGCUUCCCAGCGUGUCGCAGUGAGGAUGUGCUGGGAAGGGGGCCACCAGCUUAGCACGCAGGAGUUGCACCCUGGAAGAACUCGCAGUGCCAUAGGGUCGCACACACCAUAAGCGUGCAGCAUUUGCAGCUCCACAUUGUAUGGGGGCUGCAGGGGAAAGGCCUUCCCAGCUAAUCUUAACAAGACUGAUAAACCUUGAGCUAAAAUUCAGCCCCCAGUUGCUGUCGGAGAGAAGAGAAUGAAUCUUUGCUUCGGGGCACUUGCUGUCUGUGCGUUUCCUUGGGUGUGUGAGAGCCCAGGUAGGAAAUGAAUGUGUGUACUCUUUUGAGAAGUUCUUGUCCCAGUCUCUGGUGUGUAAUAAGUUUUACUGUCUGUCCAAAUGGCCCCUCAACACUGUGCUCUGUGCGUGUUUGUCUGUGUUUCAGUUGCUGUGCUCUAAGGGCUGGAGCAGUCCUUUACACUGGUGCCGUGAAGUCGCUGCUGUAAGGACACAAAACAUGAAUUCGUACAGCCAGUUUGCUGUCCGUGUUGGUGUGUGCAGCUGGACAGAUGAAGGGCACGUUUUACCCCAGUGAAGGGUCCCGGUUCCGUGUGACAGUUACCUGGCUUGUGCAAUAAAUGCACAAAUCUCUGCCCGCUUACUCCGUUCCUUGAGGCAGGCCAGAAAGAGCAUCAGAGAGUGCUGCAGCUUUUUAAGAUUUUAAACGUGUAAUCUGCUCGUUUGAAACCAUGGUCCAAGUCGUGCCUGCUGUCAUGUCUGUAAUAAACACUGAGCUUCGUGGCCUAUGGCUCCCCGCGGGCGGUUGCCCUCCCCGUGCCGCAUGCCUGCGCACAGAGCACCCUGUCCCGGCAGCCAGCACUGGAGGGACCGGACUGUCUGUCACGUAGCUGUGAAGCUCCCACUUGCUUUUCUGUUCAGGUUUGCCUGUGAUAUGCAUUGUCUCUGGGUGGAGCUGCUGGGCUGAGUUGCCUGCAUCUUCCUGCCAUGCUGGGAGCAGAGGACGGCUUGGAGCCUGGUCAGCAGUGCUGCAGGGAGGUCUUCAGAGUGGGAUGCAGGGCUCGGGGAGCGGCAGGUGCAAGGAGGCAGAUCGUCAAGUGGCUCUGCACGGUGCGAUGCUUCCAGGGGACGCAGUGGCCCUGAGGUAGGAGCAGGCUGCCGCUUUUCCCAGCUUUUAUGUCGCUGAUCCUUUGUCACGCUGCCCAAAGGCCUUGACAGAGACUCUGUGCUUCUGUUGAGGCCAGAGCCAGUAUGGGAAAGGGUCUUUUGGGGAUUCCUCAUCUGCCACUUGCACCUCUCCCAGCAGGGACAUGCACGGCUCUGGCAGCGUGGCUGGCUGCUGUGGACUUUUAAGUUGCAAGGAGCAAAAAUUGUCACUUGGUACAAGCCAGUUGUUAAUCCCCUGGUUUAUCAGUGGUAGAGCACUUACUUCAUAUCGCCCACAUUCUCUCUUCCCUCGUCUUCCCCACCUUCCCUACCUCACUCUUCCCUCACUAUGGGCGUUGCAUUGCUUUCCCAAGCCGGAUCACAAAGGCCAGGCUGCUCUAGAGCCUUACUACUGCUUUAAAAACGAGUUAUGCAACAGUAUUCUGUAAAUUUGGAUAACAGUGGUGUUUUGGAUGGUGGUUUGUUCUGCAGAGACCUUAAUGUAUUUCUUGGUCUCUCUGCAAAACCUGGGGUGCUUGGUAAGAAGCCAGCCAUGGUUUUACACAUAGCUUGGAAUAACAGAGCUGUUUCUUGUAACCAGUAAUCCCUGCUUCUUCCUUGCACUUAAAUUAAAUUGGACACUCAAACCCCAGACUAGUCUUUUUUUCUUUUUUUCCUUUGUUUCCUUCUGGAUUGCUGGACCAGCCUCAUCUCCAGCAUUGCCCUGUCCUAUCAGGAGUAGGACAGAGCUUGAUCUUUGGGCAAAACAUGUGAGCCGAGUUCUCCAGGAAUAUCUUGUUACCCACAGAUACACCCAGUGCUGCUGUUUGAGGGCUGUCACCCCUAGCCCAUCCCACACUCUUCAAAAGAAGCAUCCGGAAGAGAGAUGCUUGAAUUAAGCAUGAAGUAAGAGGCUGAAUGGAAAAAUGAAACUUUACUGGCAUGAAUUGGAGAAUAUGCGGAGUUUGAUGGUGCUAAAUCCAGAGGCGUCGGCUUCUGCGAGGCAGCCCUACAUCAGUGCCUCUCUAGACCUGGGGCAUGAGGCUGCUGGCACCAGCAGCCAGCCCCGGGAGAGGGUUUGCUGAUGGCAAAAACAGCAGCAGCAGGGCAACGCUGGAAAGUGCCAAGGAAGCUGGUGGAAGCAAGACCUGAAGAGUGUGGCACUUCACAGCAUGUUGCUUAGAGCUGUAGGAGAAGGUCUUUAAUCUCUUGAGGAAAUGACAGCACACACCUACACUGACAUGAUUUUGUGCAUUUUAUAGAGGGUUGGGACCUUAUUGUGCAGUCCAGUUCUUGUAAGCAGAGGCAGGUGCUGGAGCAGCGAAUAUGCCUGGCAGUAGCAGUGACUUUGGUGGGACUGAGCCUGCAUCUUGCCCCCUGCCCUCAGGGUGGGCUUCUUGCUGCCAAGGGCUCCCUGGUGUAAAGGUGUGGGCUUCCUACCUGCUGCAGGUAAGGAGCUGAGGCUGAUUCUCUGAUGAGAGAUGAGUCCCAUAUUUUGUUCCUUUCCUGGGUGUUGCUUCUUGGCAAAACGUGUUUUCUGGGUCCCAGCGCUUCUGCGGGUGCUAGGAAGGCGUGUUGGUAAUGGCCCUGUACUGUGGCCAGGAGUCUCAGAAUGAAUUGCCAGCCCAUCUUCUGGCUGAGCCAUUUUGCUUUGAACACAGCCACCUUUAAAAAGUUCUGAGUCACUUUUUCCCCCUCUCUUCAUGGAACAGAAAACUUGCUUUUUCCCCAGAAUGAAUCAAUUAAAUAAACAGAAGUUGGGAGCUGUGGCUUUAUGACUCUGCUUCCCCAACAUGUGGCACUGGCUGCAGGUAUUACGGUGGGAGGGCACCAGGGUGCAGAUCAGGGGAAGCUUCAGUGGUGCCCAGCAGCAGGCUCUGGUCUCAGUGCUGAUGAUCUGGCAUCUGCUGCCCAUCUCCCAGUCCUGCCAUCACCUCCAGCCCCACAGAAGUGGCUGCUUCGAGCUGGCUCUUCCCGGACAGCGUUUGCUGUGCUGGUUUCUCUGUACAGGCCCGUGUGUACACCGUGUGUCUUACUGGCUUGUUCUGGAGUUGGG